GCGCUGCCCCGGGCGGAGGCGGGCCUGCUCCCUGCCAGCCCUGCUAGAGGCCGAGCGCGCCGCACCCACUUCACGCUGCGCAGCUUGGGUCUGCACCAGCCGUGCGAAGGUGAUCCAGAGCCAAGAUGGCUGUCCUCUCUAAGGAAUAUGGCUUCGUGGUUCUCACUGGUGCUGCCAGCUUCGUAAUGGUAGCUCAUCUAGCCAUCAAUGUUUCCAAGGCCCGCAAGAAGUACAAGGUGGAGUAUCCUACCAUGUACAGCACAGACCCUGAAAAUGGGCACCUCUUCAACUGCAUUCAGCGGGCCCACCAGAACACAUUGGAAGUGUAUCCUCCCUUCUUAUUUUUUCUAGCUGUUGGAGGCGUUUACCACCCGCGAAUAGCUUCUAGCUUGGGCUUGGCCUGGAUUGUUGGACGAGUUCUUUAUGCUUAUGGCUAUUACACAGGAGAACCCAGCAAGCGGAAUCGAGGAGCCCUGGGGUCCAUCGCCCUCAUUGGCUUGAUGGGCACAACUGUGUGCUCUGCUUUCCAGCACCUUGGUUGGGUCAAAACUGGCUUAGGCAGUGGGUCCAAAAGCUGCCAUUAAAGAAUUGUAGAGGUUUAAAAACUUUCAUUCAUUUGGAAUGGCUUACAUUUCAAGUUACAUUUCUUUUCUAGAUAUAAUAAAAACUUAGCUGGCAUCAGCCUCAUACCUAAA